GCGGUGACUGGCUGUUAUUGUAGUAGGCUAUGGUUUGGAAAGAACAUUUUUUCGUGUUCGUUUUUUUAUUUUUUAUGCAGGCCUAACAUCGAAAUGCAUUUCUAGAACUGCCAAAUGUUAACGUGAAAAAUGCAAAUGCUACACAUUGCAUGCCAACUAACUUAUCUGGCAAUUGUUUCAAACUUUGGAUCAAUCUUCACUGUUCUGAUAUGUUGUGCAGCCAUGAUCCUUUUUAUCCGGCAGUUCAGACUCCACGAGUUUGAACUUGCUGUGACAUCAGUUGUAGAGGUAAAACAACCAGCCCAGGAACAGUUCUUAGCUAAAGUUGAUUUACCUUUUUCAUUGGAAAUAGGAAAAUUUGACACCAUUGGAUUAGAUAGCCAUAAUCUAACUUUGUACUCCACUAGCUCCUUCCCAUGCCUUUUUGUUGUUUGCAAAGAAAUGUCAGCAGACAAAGUAAGACUCUUGAUUAAUGAGCCAUGGCAAAACUUUAGUGGAAUAUUCACAACUGAAGAGAAAAUUUUACCUAAUAUACAGAUAUAUGCCAAAGAGGAUAUUCAUUUAUCCAAGCCUUUCUUAAUACAGAGUUCGAUUAGUCAAUUGCCCAGAUUGACGUACGCGUUUGUCACUUUUCACAUCAGAACCGAUGUUGAAUGUAUCGGAGAUGAGGAACCAGCAGCCAUAAUCACCAUACUCCAUAUCCCAGACCGUUAUUGCAACGUUCCGCCAACGACUUUGUGUCAAUACCUGAAAUUCAAAGGUGGUCGGGUAUUAAAUCUCAAGCCUUUGUAUUCACAGGAGAAUAAUAGUAGUACAGAUGAAGAUGGUUCAAGGCGGAGAUUUCUCAAGGAAGGCAAUGUCAACUGCAUUAUCUGUUGGAAUUUGCCGACUACCCAUGUUUUACUGCCUUGCAGACAUGCUUGCCUCUGUGCGAAUUGCUUCAAGCGCGUCGAAAAUUGCCCCGUUUGUCGCAGUCGUGUCAUUUCAUUCUUCGUAAUCUGAUACAAGUAGAUGUCGAGAAA